AUGAUAGAGAACCAGAGCCAGACCAGGACCUCCCCAUCGGUGUCUGACACAGCUCAUCCUGGCAGUAUCAGCAGCCAAAGCACCCUGGUGGCGCAAACCCUCGGACCACAAUUUGGAAGCGCCAGGAACGCAACAUCAUCCACCUGGAACGAAACCCAGCAUAUCAGGUCGAUCGACCUGGAGACCUCAUUGCUCGACAAUCCUACAUUGACGUCUUUCGUGCCAGGAAAAGUUGUGCCAACAUAUCAGAAUCCGCCCACUUCAACCACCCCAAGUUUGGCGGAAACGGUGCAACAGUCCGGGCAACCCUUUUCAAACAGGCAGAUUGAGGCCAAGGAAGACUCUGACGCUACAAACAUGGACAAGGAGGCCACUAUUCUUGCUCCACAGGUGGUGAACUGGGAACAUCAUGGUCCGGGCUCCUGGCUAUCGGUCUGCUCAAGGCCCGGUCUAGACUGGGUUGCACAAAGAACUGGCGUCCCAGAUUUUGAAAACAGCGCCAGAGAGCUUAUAACCACGUGGACGAGGCGUUUGACAUUGGAUCGGAGCAAAAUCGCAGGUACCCAACACCGCGAACCUGAUCCCGAGACUGCCUGGAAAUAUUCAUACUUUGAGGAAUCGUUCGACGCAACUCUCGGCAUUGUGUAUCGACCCGAGUUUGAAAGCGCCCUUCGAGCCCACUUACGAGGAGAUCUGGUGUCGGGCGAUGACGCCUCGUGGUUCGCCUUGCGCAAAACCGUGUAUGCCUCAGGAUGUCGAAUCUACCUCUCCAAACACACGUCAAUGAGUUUCACAGAGAUCCAGGCUGAAGCAUGGAGCUAUUUUCAGAGUGCCAUGUCCGUCCUCAUCGAGUUACUUUUCACCCCCACGGGUUUGCUCGCUGUUCGCGCCCUGAUCGCAAUGGCUUUUUUCUCAGAGGGUCUCGGCAAUCCCGCCCUCGAGUACAUGUUCUGUGCCGGCGCGGCGCGAGUGGCUCAGGCAAAAGGAUUGCAUCGGCGACCGGCCAAAGCGUGGAAUUUGGCUGCCCAUGAUGAACUACACUAUAGUUGGCUGUUCUGGGCCAUAUAUUGCUGCGAGAAGCAUAUUGCUCACCGCUCUGGACGACCGUCUGCCAUCGAUGACGACGAGAUCAGCUGUCAGAUCCCGACCGAGGCAUGUCCAGGAAGCACUCUUGACGUGCAGGCAUUCACCUAUCUUAUUCGACACGCCCAAAUAUCCUCUCGGAUUUCCAAGAGACUCAUGUCGGUCAAGGCCUUUCAACAGCCGCCGAACACUCUGCUUGAAACCGUAGCAGAACUGGACCACCAGCUGCAUGAAUGGAGAGAUUCUCUCCCUCCAGGACUGAGACCAGACGACCGCCUCCGGUCCUUUCAGGUCCCCCACGGCGCCAGGUACCUCCCUACGGUCCUCAUGCAUUGCGGUUACUACGGGAGCUUGAUGGCGAUACACACUAUCUUUGCCUACCCGUGGGUGUACAGCACCAUCUUCGGGAACGGCAGGGGUGUGGUCACUCAAGACCAACUGAUCUUCAGCUCGAACACGGUUGCAGAAGCCGCGAGGAAUAUCAUCAUCAUCGCGAGAAGCCUGGAGAUCAACGGUGCCUCGAUACAAUGGCCAACCUUCUACUACCCCAUGAUCGGGCUGAUCAAUCUCUUCAUACACAUCCUUAAGUUCCCGUCUCUGCCGUCUGCGCGGUCUGACGUGGCCCUGCUCGACGUGGCGGCCGGCUACUUUGGACACAUGGAGUUUGUGACAUCUUCGGAGCUCAACUUUCCAUUUGCUCGAGACGUCGCCACCGUCGCUCGGCAGACUGUCAACAAGGCGUUGAGGACCGAUGUUCCCGCGAGCACGGGCGCCGACGAGGGCUUCAGUCUCGCCAACGACGUGGACAUUCCGUUCGGGGACAUCUUCUGCGCGAGCCAGGACUUCAACCUCGACGACUGGAGCGUAUUCUCGUCCGUCUUCUCUGACGAGGCACUGAUGAAUCGCGAUAUCGCUUUCUAG